UGGACUGCACAGCACAGGUUCCCUUCACAGUGACAUACUCUAGGAUGUAGACUGCUCUAUACUACAUCUGCCUGGAGGGUGACACAAGCUUCAGUCUUCCUACUUUGCCUCUUUAGUGUGAACGCUCGUCAUGUAUGUCCAAUCUGGCAUAACGCCAUCGGACCAGGGAGAAAGAUGUUGACAAACGAGAACCCUACGUGAGAGCAGGUAGCCGAUCAAGAGAAGAGAGGGUUUGAAGGAGGACAGAGGAGAAGGGCAUGUCAACUGUCCUCGCGAGUCGUCAGGCUGUCGUUGUCGUUUGCGUCCUGCUUGCGGGUGAUCUCCAAGGUGUUUGCUUGCGUGGGCGGCGUCAGAGCAUGCACUUGUGCUCGAUAAGCAGCCAGUCGGCGGAGCUGGAGUGAUGCGAGCAGUGGCGGGCUGCAGGAUGAACAUCGCAGCCAUUCUGAACGGCCUGCUGGUCUCCGUGGUGGCGGCUCUGCUCUGGAAGUACACCCAGCUCAGCGACCACGCCGCUUCCCUGGAGGAGGAGCUCCACCUGACGCAGCAGUCUCAAGAGCUGUCGCAGGCCCGCAUCGACUACCACGCCGCCCUGCUGGCGCUCCAGGAGCACGGCACCCGCAUGGUCUGCACGGGCAAGAUGCACACCGACCGCGUCUGCCGCUUCGACUACCUGUGCUACUGCAGCGAAGCGGAGGAGUUUGUCUUCUUCCACGGCAACUCUUCCGUCAUGCUGCCCAACAUAGGGCAACGACGUUUCCAACCGGCGCUACUGGACCUUUCCUCGGUCGAAGACCACAACACCCAGUACUUCAACUUCUUGGAGCUCCCGGCCGCCGCCCUAAAGUACAUGCCCAAGCCCGUGUUUGUGCCCGACGUGGCGCUCAUCCUGAACCGCUUCAACCCGGACAAUCUCAUGCACGUUUUCCACGACGACCUGCUCCCCAUCUUCUACACGAUGAGGCAGUACUCGGACCUGGACGACGAGGCGCGUCUCAUCUUCAUGGAGGGCUGGGGCGAAGGGCCGCACUUUGACCUCUACCGCCUGCUCAGCAGCAAGCAGCCUCUCCUCAAGGAGCAGUUAAGGAACUUCGGCAAGCUCAUGUGCUUCACCAAGUCUUACGUAGGCCUGUCCAAGAUGACCACCUGGUACCAGUACGGCUUCGUCCAACCACAGGGCCCCAAGGCCAACAUCCUGAUCUCCGGCAACGAGAUCCGGCAGUUUGCCUCCCACCUGAUGGAGAAGCUCAACAUCACUACCAAGGAGCAGAACGAAGGGACAAGUCCCGAGGAGAAGGACCAGUACAUCGUGGUGUUCAGUCGUUCCCAAACCAGGCUGAUCCUCAACGAGGCCGAGCUGAUCCUGGCGUUGGCGCAGGAGUUCCAGAUGAGGGUGGUGACGGUCUCCAUGGAGGACCAGACCUACCCCAGCAUCGUGCGGGUUAUCAGCGGCGCCUCCAUGCUCGUCAGCAUGCACGGAGCUCAGCUCGUCACCUCGCUCUUCCUCCCCAGAGGGGCGGCUGUGGUGGAGCUCUUCCCCUACGCGGUCAGCCCUGAGCAGUACACGCCUUACAAGACCUUAGCCACCUUGCCAGGCAUGGACCUCCAGUAUGUCGCCUGGAGGAACACCAUGGAGGAGAACUCCGUGGCUCACCCAGAUAGACCCUGGGAUCAGGGGGGCAUCGCUCACCUGGACAAGGAUGAGCAGGAGCGCAUCCUGGCCAGCAGAGAGGUGCCCAGACACCUUUGCUGCAGAAACCCAGAGUGGCUGUUCCGCAUCUAUCAGGACACCCGGUUGGACAUCCCCUCUCUGCUGGACGUCCUCAGGGAGAGCCUGAAGACCAGGCCCAACCUCAAGAAGACCCGGCCUGCCAGCACUGUUCAUCCAGGCAGGGUGAGGGAGCCUCAGUGCCAGACCUCAGUCCAGGCUACCAACGAAGCCAAGCUCACAGUAUCCUGGCAGAUCCCUUGGAACCUCAAGUACUUGAAGGUCAGGGAGGUGAAGUAUGAGGUAUGGAUCCAGGAGCAAGGAGAGAACACGUACAUGCCUUACAUCCUGCCCCACCAGAACUACACCUUCUCGGAGAACAUCAAGCCCUUCACCACCUACCUGGUGUGGGUGCGCUGCAUCUUCAACAAGAACCUCUUGGGACCGUUUACAGAUGUCCUCAUGUGUAGAACAUAACCUUUUUAAGCUCUUCAGUUGUGCUGCUAGUACCGCUUGGACUGUCUGAGGUGAACACCGGUGUCAUAACUUGUCCCCAGACAUGGUGAGAUGGGGAGAAUGAAAGAGGUCAAAGAGGCCUGAGGACGUCCAGACCAGGACAGCUGCUGGGCAGAAGUGUCACCUGUGUCUUGGGUCAGUGCUAGAUGACACAGUCAUGAGCUCCCCAUGGCUGAUUCCACUGUGGCACAGGCCAAGAGAAUCUUAACAGCAACAGACCGGGACACAGGUAAACAUGGAAUGCACAAAUGUCGUAUGUAUUACAUGUCUACAGAAGAAAACAAUUUGCACAUUUACAAUUUUUUAUGAGUAGUAGAAAACGGAACUUUCUGGUACCUGUUUGAAUGUGCUGUGUGGUAUUCUGGGGGUAGUGAUUGGCCUUUUAAGCCCAUGAGAUCUGUGUUUUGUAGGUCAUUGUCUUGAGUGAAUUGAACCUUUUAGCCCUUUCAUUGGUAAGUUUGACAACAUACUAAUUUUCUGAAUUUCCCAGUAGCAACAACAGCAUCAAAAAGUGGUGUAGUCACUCGUCUAUGUUGUAGUUUUGUUGGAUUUUGUGUUUUUUGUAGUUUAUUGAUUGUCUACAUUUAAUUCUUAACAUAUUCAUGUAAAAUGUUUAAGCAAUUACAAAUACGACUCAUGGCCAGUUAUCUGAAGGUUCCAAUUGAAGAAUAGAAUGAAUUUAAAAAGUCUCUAAAUUAGCUAAAAGUAAAUUAUUGUGUCCUCUUAAGCUAGGUUUUUAUUGUUUACAACUUCUAGAUUUUACUUCUCGUUUUAGUAAAACACUGAAUAGCUGAUGUUUCAACGUUGUAUGUCAAGUGUGAGGCUAAAUGGGGGACAGUGAUAUACACAAAUGGCUAUGCUGCUGUUAAAUCAAUGAAGGGCACUUGUGUCCAUGUUUAUCCCCCUCAAAAUCUGUGGUCAGCGUUUAGAGCAGAUGAGACCAUUAUUGUAGCCUAUUCACUGAUAAGUUGAUAAAAUUGUCAUAUUGUAUGUGAAUCUAUAAACGGGCUAAACUUGCCGUCAACAUUUUCAAUUUGAUCAUGUGCGGGACUGUCCCUUAAGUCGAUGUGUAGAAGUAGACCACUCUACAGCUAAUCUCCACAGCUAACGACCCUUCUGCGUAGAGCUGGUAAUUGCCUGCUAAUUAAGACAAGCUGAGGAUCUGUGCCUCCUCUGGGCUGCCUCAGCCUUGAACUCAAGCUUGCUGCUUGUAGGCCUAUGGUUUGGAUGGCUCUUAUUCAAGCGUUUGUGCUUAUCGCUGCAGUAGUUAAGCAUAUAACGUGUAUCUAGGUGAGCUGGUAAAGUAGAGCAGUGGUUCUCAACCAUGGUCCUCAAGUACCCCCUGUCCUGCACGUUUUAGAUGUUUCCCUGUUC